UUGAAUUACGUCCUGGAUGGUGGUUUCUUUCUCGGGAAUAGAGAGCAAUCGCUUCGAUCCCUCACUCGAGACUGCUGCUAGUCGUACGAUUUUGUAGUUCGCAUAUGGACAGGGCCAGCCAGAAAGAUAAAGAGCCGAUCGCGAAGGACCUUGCCCCCAGUGCUAGUUCCCAUCGACGCUAGGUGACAAGCCAUUGACAGAUGGAUGUCGAGCAGUUCCGCAAAGCUGGAUACCAAGCAAUUGAUCGCAUUUGCGAUUACUACUACUCACUACAGAAUAAACCGGUGGUCGCUAGGGUACCACUUGGUCAUCUCAAAGCUAUGUUACCGUCAACUCCUCCAGAGCUUGGAGAAGAUUUCCAGAUUAUUGCGGACGAUUAUCAAAGGCUCAUCAUACCUGGUCUCACACAUUGGCAACACCCUUCUUUCUUUGCCUACUUCCCGGUUGCGUGCACAUUUGAAGGCAUCUUAGGAGACCUAUAUUCCAGUAGUGUCACUAAUCCCGGUUUUAAUUGGGCUUGUAGCCCCGCGUGCACUGAACUAGAGGUCAUCGUCAUGGAUUGGGCAGCAAAGCUUCUUGGCCUCGCUCCCAAGUUCAUGAAUGACUCUGGAGUUGGUGGAGGGGUAAUCCAGUCGACUGCAUCGGAAUGUGCAAUGUUAACUAUCGUGGCUGCUCGCGCAUCGUACCAGCGAAGUUACCCUGAUACAAAGCUCGAGGAAUUCAUCAUCUAUGUUACGUCCCAGACCCAUUCGCUUGGAAUAAAGGCUGGAAUGGUGCUCGGGCUAUCUGUACGCAUACUCGAAGUCAAGGCGGAGGACAAUUAUUCGCUGAGGGGAGAUACUCUCCGUAGUGCGCUGGAGCAGGACAUAGAAGCUGGUAAAAAGCCGUUGAUUUUGCUCGCUACUGUGGGAACUACGUCUUCCGGGGUUAUUGAUAAUCUUUAUGAAAUCAAGGAAGUCGUCAUGGACCAUCCUUAUUUGCGUAUUCACGUUGACGCAGCUUGGGCCGGUGUUGCGUUUAGCUGUCCUGAGUAUCGACAACUUGGCUAUCUGGACGAAAUCAACGAGUUUGUAGACUGCUUCUGCACCAGUUUCUACAAGUGGGGUCUCGUUAACCUUGAUGCUUCUGCACUCUGGGUCCAGGAUCGAAAAUAUCUCACAGAUGCACUAAAUACAACUCCACCAUAUCUGCGAACCAAACAGGACACGACCAUAGAUUAUCGGAACUGGCAUUUGGGACUUGGUCGUAGAUUCCGAUCCUUAAAGCUUUGGUUCGUUUUUCGCAGCUUUGGUAUCCAAGGCUUCCAGAAACAUAUCCGAAAGUCAAUCGGACUCAACAAUCUCUUCGUCCACUUAGUUGAGCAAUCCGAUAUCAUCAAAAUUGUCACCCCACCUUCCUUAAGCUUGACUGUAUUCCGAUUGGAGACCCCUUCUCAACACAGGCACAGUCUGCAGUCCCUAAACGCACUGAAUACGAUGCUUUUCAGCCGUCUUUCGCUCGUGACGAUAUUUACCUUACGCAGACAAUCCUCGAUGAGAAGGUUUGCAUACGUUUCGCCGUCGGUGCUGAACGAACGAAUGAGAACCACAUACGAAGAGCCUAUGACACCAUUAUGAAUGAGGCGAUCUUGACACUGGAGGAAUGGAAGUAACAACCAGUAUAUUCGGUAUUAUAAUACCCCUUCGU